UGUGGCGCCGCACCGGGCCCAAAUUUCAAUUCUGAUCAGCUGAGGGCUAACUUUACGAAUCGAAAAUUUCACAUAAAUUGUUGUUUACAUCAAACCUACAAUAUUACUGUUCAAAAUACAGCCCAAGUAUGCAGCUACUAGAACUAGUCCCAUGAUUCUUUUUAUUUCCCCUAAUGUUUAUUGUUUUCCUAACUGCGUUGCUGUGGUAACAGACAAAUUUUAAAUACACUCUUAUCUAAUUGAUUACGUGUUAACGCAGCAAAAUAAGAGUAAAAGGAUGUCUAUAUUUAAAGUAAAGGAGUGGUGGUCUAAUGAGAAACUUCAAAACAAUGUACCAAAUGCGGGAAUUCAAAACAUUGAUUGUCUAGCAGUAGAUAAAUUCAUCGGUCAUAGUGAAAGUGAUUGCAUUUUGGUAGGUGAAGGAAGACAAAUAAAAAUAUACAAACCGAAUGUAGAACAAGAUGUAUCACAAACCCUUUUAGAGACGGAGUUGAAUGAUUCUGUCAUACAAAUUGGUACCGGCAAAUUCAUAAGCGGCGUUGAAGAUCGGCAAAUAAUAGUGUUACAUCCGAGAAGUUACGCAAUUUACCAUUUAAGACAGAAAGAAGGACACACUGACGCUGGCGAGCAAAAUUCACUAGACCAAAUAUUGAAUCAUUCGUUGAACCGAAAAUCUUAUAGUUUGACCUAUGGUUCGUUUGGAAACAUCAGAUCUAGAGAUUUUAUAUGUGUUCAGGCACUUGAUGGCAGUUUAAGUUUCUUCGACCAAGACACAUUUUUAUUUUUAUGCACUUUCAAUGAUAUCAUUAUACCUACUCCCGUGGCUUACAUUGCAAAUUGCGAUUCAUUUGUGAUCUCUAAGUCAACCUGGGUAUUAGAAGUAUAUAGUUAUCAACAACUGAGGGAAUUUAGCGAGUUAAAUUUAAAACAUAAGAAGCAUAUUCCGCAAUGGUUUUAUAACGCGGGAGAAGAGAUUUCACGCAUUCAAGUCAUACAGUCUAGCAGUAACUUCUCAAGCAUCGUGGCCCUUGGUGAAAGACAUCUAUACUGUUUUCAAGACAAUGGUCUCAUGAAAUAUAUGAUUAAAUUUGAUUUUAUUCCCAUUUGCAUUUCUGCAUAUCUUAUUGGAUGGUAUUACGAACCAACGGCUCGUUUGUUAGUUAUGGUAGCGUCAGAAGACUCGAAGCUGUUUAUUUACGAGAGCACGACAUUAUUGUGGUCGUGUGAUUUAUUAUAUCCACCAGUUUCAAUAACACGAUGUUAUUUGAAGGGUCUACCCGGAGGCCUAGUAACCCUUUCUCGAAAUAGCAAAAUUACCGUUUGUUAUUUGGGUACUGAACCUGAUCUGAAUAGUAACGCUUCUCUUUUAAUUAAUGAGCCAUUUGAUCCGCAACAAGUACAAGAAGAAUUAGAAGUAGUGGAAGAGGAAUUACAGAAGAUUUUAGAAAGUGAAGAUCCUGAUCACGGAUUCUCGUUGAUAGACCAAAUAAUUAAUAUAAAUGCAGACGUUGGCAAACCGGUUCAAAAUUUAUUUCAAGAAUUUACUAAAGAAGAGGCUUUGCAUUUAUUGAUGUGCCCUAUUAUAGUGAUGCUCACCUGCAAUGAUCCGAAACAAAUUCAAAGCAUCCAAAUUAAUUACGAUUGUUUUUCACCGUUCACGUGUUCGGAGUCCACUGUUUGUUUGGAUGGCGUAAAUGGCACCGAAAUUAUAGAGACCCAAGUAUUUUUAACAAGCGAUGCUGAUAUAUCCGAUACUCGUGUAAAAAUUUUAUUCACGAUCAUUAAUCCGACGGGUAAAAUAGCCGUUUUAACACGACAGGUUUUAUUGCCUUUAAGCCUUUAUUGUAAACCUGUUCUAGAAGUAUCAAAUAAUUGUCAAUUAAAACUGUUUGUGAAAUCAAAUCAAUCGUGUGUGCAGUUUACGCAAAUAUUUACAGACUUUACAGAAGAAGAAUUAACAAAGUUAUGUGGGUCUUCGGAUGUUAUAACGUUUGAAUACAGAUCAACAAAGAAAAUAGCAAAGAUACGACUAAGUGAGAAUCAAUAUAUUAUGGAAGCUGACAACUUCACUGAAAUAACCACGAUGUUAGAUCACUUGCUUUUAAGAUUGACUGACCAUUAUAAACGGAUGGGUGUAAAAGAUUUUAGUUUUCAACUAGUCUAUGAUCAGGAAUUUAUUAAAAGUCUUUUACAAAAAUUUCUGAAGAGUAUAGAAACUCACGCCAAGGAACGGGUGAAAUUAAACAGCUUAGAGGAAGAAUUGGAAGUACUUCAAAGGCAGUUUACUCUAGUACAAAAGAAACUACUGGUACAGUACGGAUCGUUGCCUCCUGGUGAUUGUGAUGCAUUGGAGUUCCUCAUGAGAGAUACACAUAAAAGGAUAAUUAACACAGUUUACGAAAUCAUACAGUGCAAAGAAACAGUUUGCAGAGCGGGGAGCACUUUGACUACGAUCGGCCAGUUAGUCAUAUAUUUACUGAAGCACGCUACACGGGACAGUUUUAAAAUUAAACUCAUUGAAGAAAUGAUGUCAUUAAAUUCUAUUUACGAAGACCACCAGGAGUGGGAAGAAGCCGUUACACAAGCAAUGUCUUAUAUUUUAAAGAACAUUUUCCAAAAAUCAGAAAAAGACAAGGAGAAGUUAGCGCCGGUGACAGAGCAAGGGGUGUUGUCGCAAAUAAAUUUAAAACGUUGUCUUAAGCAAAUAAAAACCAUUUUGGAGAAAAUGUUCUCGGACACAAGAGAUCACUCGGAGCAGGAACAUGUGAAAAGAAUUGAAGAGUUUGUCGAAGUUCUAUAAUUAGGUUUCAAUCCAAAUUUACAAUUCAAAUAAACUACAUUACACAAACAUCAA